AACAAAUAAGUGUUCUUCGAUUGCAACAGUUUGACUGCAGGGAAAAGAGAUUGGCUAAUUGUAAACGUGGGGUAUGGAUAAAGUUUGAAAAUCAAGAUUACCUGAUAAAUACCUGAUAACGAGUUUUACUCCUCGGUGUUAUAUCAGCCUGGCAUUGUGUAAGCAGAAGAAAAGUGACUGAUGCCGUGCUGACUGUAGCGAUAAAUUAAUGUUCACAGGUUCGACGAGGUGGAAACUUGGCUCUAGCUAACUAGAACAACCUGUACUGGUGUGGUUUAACAGCAUGGACCCAUUUGUAAAAUUCACAAGUCAGAGUCAGGGAAGGGACCGCAUAUUCAGGGCAGCUCAGUAUGCUUGUUCACUUGCUGUUUAUUUACUCCGAAACAACUCGGACAGAAAGGACCUUGUGGCAAAACUUAAAAGUCUGGAAACCAGCUUGAGCGCUGGACGAAAAUUGCUCAGGCUGGGAAAUGCAGCAAAUUCCAUUGAGGCUGCUAAACGAACCGUGCAGCUCUCGGACCGAGUGCUGCGCUUGUGCCUUACUGUGGCCAACGUGAGCCGCGCCCUCUACUUUAUCUGUGACAAUGUCCUUUGGGCCAAAAGUGUCGGUCUUAUCCGCAAUAUCGACAAGGAACGCUGGAGUUUAAACUCCUCCCGCUUCUACUUCUUCUCAUUAGUUAUGCAUCUCAGCAGAGAUGUUUAUGCGGUUCUCCAGGUGAUGACAAAGAGGUCAAGAGAUAAAAACUUUAAACAGAGAAUGGAUCAGCAUCUCACUAAGAAUCCUGAAGUAGCUGAAGUUGUCGUCCCUCACCUGGAUGGCUUUCUCUUUCUGCUUUUGGAAACCCUGAAAUCACACCCGGAUCUUGCCUUGGACUCUGUGAAAAACAUCUGUGAUCUCUUCAUGCCCUUAGAUAAGCUUGGUUUAUACCAGUCAAAUGGGGGAGUGAUGGGAUUCUGUGGUCUGAUAUCAUCACUGAUUGGGAUCGUCACCCUCACACAGCCCAGGCUAAGGAUCGCACCGUGAUGACACGGGCAAAGUUAAAUAUUACAAAGCGAUCGCAGAUCAAAGAGUUAAUCAUGUCAGGUGCGUUCAAGAGGUCGCUGAAGCUGUAAUGGUGGACAGAGGUUAAAAACAAAACCAGCACAUUUUACAAUCCCUGAGUCAGUAAUAACUAAUGGACUUGCACUUUUUUAGAAUUGCUGGAUUUCACUGUUUUGCACAACAUCUGGAAUUAAUUUUGAAAGGGAGCAAAUCGAGUCGAUAUAGAAACUGCUAGGUACCUUUGCAUUCCAGGCUUGCACAUCACCAGCUGUUUUACACUGUAGUAGAAAGUAAGGGCUACUUAGUGAUUAUGCAAAAGAAAAAAAACUUACUCUGUCACUUGUAAGUUCACUGUUUUCUUUUUCUUUUUUUCUAAAUUCUGCUUUGUACUUAAAAUGAGGUAAAACUUGCAGCACCAGUUUCAGAGAUUUUUCUUCAGUUUUUUUCUUUUGGCGUUGGCUGAACAUGUGAGUAAUUUAUAGGAUGUAUGUUAUGAAUAGAAGGUGUGUUUGAAAAAUGAAUAAAACUAUGCAACAAUGUUUGUAUUAUA